UUGCUGUUUGCGGGGAGGUCCACAGGGAGCCGAGCGCUGAAUAAAACAAGCUGGAGCAUCAGGCGAGCAGAUCUGUUCUCUUGCAAAAGUCCUUAAGGUAAAACCCGAGAGCAGCUGCUCCUGUCUCGGCUGCCCUUCGGAGACCGGGCGCUAGCCUCACUGCUGCUGUGGUUGUCACCUCUGACUAUGAUUUUGUUUUUAAAGGAAUCAAUCAGGAGAUGCCAGGAAAAGAAGUUGCUGAAAGCCAGGCUGGCACGACGAAGAGCUGCGUGCCACCGGCUCUGUCACACGCUGGGAGCAGCUGAACUUUGUGGGUUUUGAAUAUACAUUUCUCCUCUGCGGACGCUUCAGGCAGCGUUACAGGGAGAGUCACGGCACGGCACCGCACACCUUGCACCUGCUGUUACCUUGACCGAGCCUGGGGGACAGCAAAGGGGCGAUUUCUGUCUCCAAGGACCAUCACCUGUGAAAAGAAUCUGGAGAAGGGCAAUUUAUCUUUCUUUUCCAGAUGACUGAAAAUACCUACAAGAUCCUGUCUCUCCGGUUUUCAUCAGUGAGUAGCAUCAGGGAGAGACAGCUGAGGAACAAAUAUGGUAUUGGUCAAAAUCAUUGUAGCACCUACUUUUUCCCAAGGAACUUCAUGCCUGUAGGGGUUUGCUGUGGGCAUUUCUAGGAGUGAGGACUGACAUACCACAGAUGCAUCCCUGCCAGAUCAUGUAAGAAUUUGCAAAUGAGAAACCUACCCCAGCAAGACCUUUUCUGCCCAGUUUGCAGUCCAUGGUUUGAUGUGAGCACGGCAAUUCUCGCCUCUUUCUCUCCCUUUUAAAUCUCUUGGGCUUGGUGAUCUCUUUCCUCAUUGCAAUUAUGAUUAUUUGCAACAUCAGUGCCAUCAAAGAUUGGAGCACUUUCCUCUCCCAGAUCCUCCCCAGCGUUAACAAAACUCUGAACUUGGUACAGCAAGUGGAAGCCACUACUAGCUCGGUGGUAAGCGUCCUCCAGGACCCUGAGCAGGACAACUACCUGUCCAACAGCCAGUCCAUGAACUCCAGCAACUUCACAGCUGGCCUGGACCACUUGUUCCAGUACUCAUACUCGGACAAUGACCAGCUUUACAAAGAGUACAAACCCCCUCCUCGAGACACCAUUCCUCUGCCCAAAGCUGUCCUCUACCUUCUCAUGGCAGCGCUGGUGGUGGUAGCAGUGGCGUACGCCAUCGUUGGGCAUCUCAUCAAGGACCUCGUUUAUGACUUUAUAGACUGGAUCUUUGGCCCCAGCCCGGAUGACAACAGCAACAAGAGUGAUGUCAACUGCAUCAGCAACAGCGUCAAUGAGAUGAGUGAGAUGCCUGAGGCACCACGAUGCCAGGACCACCAUCCCCAGGACGUGGUCAUUGCCAUCGGAGAGACUUGCCACCUGCCACAGCAGACAUGACCGGCGUGGUGGCCAGGCCAGGCAGGAUGGAGCAGUGGGAUGGAGCAGAGGGAUGGAGCAGCAGGAUGGCACAGUGGGAUGGUGUAGCAGCCACCUUGCAGGACCGUGUGGCAGGAGGAAUGGAUGGGCAGAGCUGGCACCAUGGCACAAAGCCCUUCUCACCCCGGUUUUGCCAACCUCUAAGGACCUUGCCGGCACGGGCAGCAUCGCCCCAUUUCCCAGUCUUGUCAGUCCUGCCCUGACGUCUGCCCAUGGGUUCAUGACCUCCCUUUUUUCCCUGUGAAUAGCAAAAAAAAAAAAAAAACAAAUGCAAAAUACACCCACCAAACAAAGCUCACAAGAGAAACAAGCCAACAAGCCAGAGAGGAGCCGGGCAGUCCUUUGGUGUACAGCUGUCCUGAGUAUGGUGUGAUGGAAAGGGUGAAAGA